AGCAGAAGCAAAAAAAAAAAAAAAAUCCUGGUUGCAAGUUGCUUUGGACAAAGCUAUCAUCUUGUGAUAUUUUUUUUUUUCCCCCUCCAGGGUCCAGGAUGUGGAGAGACCAUGUGCAGAUUGCUGAAGAUUUCUGGAAAUAUCCCAGGUCCUGAAGAAUGGGGGUUGUAGGAGGAUUUUUGAUCUAGUAAGAGAGAUCUUUUUUUUUGUUCUUUUUUUUUUCUUCUUUUCCUUGGCUAUAUCUCUUUUGCCUGCAAACUGAAAGUAAAUGCAGCCCUCAGCUCCACAGAUCUUGAAAGUACUGCAAGCACAUUGGGAUUUGCAAGAGACACUCUGAUUUGCUGUAGCUGUCAUGCAAUAUGUGUUAGCCACACAAAAGGAAGGGGGAGAGUGCAAGAGAGAGAGGGAGGAAAAAAAAAAAGUGCAUUUGGCAGUCAAGUAGGUGUUUGGCAAUAGCAAAGGGAUCCAGGCUCAGAAAAAAAAAAGCAUUGAGACACUGUAUUUUUUUUUUUUAGGAGGGACUGCUCCAUCCUUUAAGUCAGGAAUACAGCCAGGAAUGCCUAAUCGAGCUCCAAACGUAUCGAUUAGCAGUUGUGGCUUCUGCUGGGGGCUUCCCUUGUGCUGAGCAUGGACUUUAAAGUCAUCCAGAUAUUGAGUUAAAAGGUAACAUCUGGGAGUCAUCUGAUCUUGGACAUCAAAGAAAAAACUGUGACUUUUGUCAGGACUGGUGCAACCAAGUAACCUUUUCUGGUCCAGAUGCUGGAGAGUCUGAUUGGACAGGAUCACCACCAGAACCAGAUUUUUUGAUUUGAUUUUUUUUUUCCGGGGGGGAUUUGAGACCCAAUUCGACGCCCAACAAGGAGCCAACCGGCAUGGCGCUCGCCCAUUGAGCUCUUCGAGACUGGAAGCAAGGUUGUCUGUCAAUCAUGUGUUGAUUUUGGAGAUUCUACCCCCCACCUUCCAAAGAACAGGAGCACAAUUUAUUUUUUGAGGCGUCGGUUGUCGGUGCCGGGGGGGAGCCGCUCCUACUGUCGGUGCAUGAAAGUGGAUGAACCCGGAGGAUCCGCGGGGGCCCCAGAAAGUCUCCGAGCCCCCCUACCAGGAAGAAGAGAGGCGCACAGACCGGCAGCAUGCCGAGAAGGAAGCAGCAAGCACCGAGGAGAGCCUCAGCCUACGUGUCUGAUGAACUGAAGGCGGCCGCGCUCGAUGACGAUGGCGAGGUUGAGGACUCCGUUGCGGACGGAGAACCUUCGGCGAAGUAUGCUUGCCCAGAAACGGAUUUUGCCAAGACUUCUCCGGGCUACCAGCACUCCCCAGCUGGUGAAUUUUCCAGCCAUGAGAUGGACAGCGAGUCUCACGUCAGCGAGACCAGUGACCGCCUGACGGACUUUGAAAGCAGCUCCAUCAAAAACGAGGAGGAAACCAAGGAGUUGUUGGCCCCUCUCGAGGACUCCAGUGUGUCCGACAGUUUGGAGCAGAUGAAAGCCGUGUACAAUAAUUUCCUUUCCAAUUCUUACUGGUCAAACAUCAGUUUAAACCUUCAUCAGACGACGCCGGAGAAAAACAACGCCAGUAGCGGCAGCAGCAGCAGUAGCAGCAGUAGCUGUGGAAGCGGAAGCUUUGACUGGCACCAGACGGCCGUGGCCAAAACUCUACAGCAAGUGUCCCAAUGCAGAGCACUCCCCGAGCCAAGCCUCUUCAGCACCGUCCAGUUGUACCGGCAGAGCAGCAAACUCUACGGUUCGAUUUUUACGGGAGCCAGUAAGUUCCGUUGCAAAGACUGUAGCGCCGCCUACGAUACUUUGGUUGAGUUAACGGUUCACAUGAAUGAAACAGGACACUAUAGAGAUGACAACCAUGCAAACGAUAACAAAAACCCCAGACGGUGGUCGAAACCUCGUAAACGGUCAUUACUUGAAAUGGAAGGGAAAGAAGAUGCCCAAAAAGUUUUGAAGUGUAUGUACUGCGGGCAUUCCUUCGAAUCCCUUCAGGACCUCAGCGUUCACAUGAUUAAAACGAAACAUUACCAAAAAGUGCCUCUUAAAGAACCUGUUACUCCCGUAGCAGCAAAAAUUGUUCCGGCUUCUAGAAAAAAACUGUCUCUAGAACUCGAACUUCCAAGUUCUCCCGACUCAACAGGGGGGACGCCAAAAGCAACAAUUCUAGAUUCCAACGAUACUUUGCAAAAGAACUCCAACCCAUAUAUAACACCAAAUAACCGGUAUGGACACCAGAACGGAGCCAGCUACGCUUGGCAUUUUGAAGCUAGGAAAUCUCAGAUUCUCAAAUGCAUGGAAUGUGGUAGCUCCCAUGACACCCUACAAGAACUUACUGGCCACAUGAUGGUCACGGGACAUUUUAUAAAAGUGACUAAUUCUGCCCUUAAGAAAGGAAAGCCCGUCAUUGAAUCCCCAAUUACCCCAAACUCGGUUAUAGACGAGAAGGUCCAAUCUGUGCCACUAGCCGCCACCACAUUUACACCCCCACCCAAUAACGGUGCCUCUCUGUCGCCAAAACUGACUGUCGAGAUUAAAAAAGAGGUUGACAAAGACAAAGUCAUCACGGAUGACAAAAUUAAGGAGAAAGAAAAGGGAAACGAGGAGGAGGAAAAGUUUAACGUCACUUCUAAAUAUCAUUACCUUACAGAACAUGAUUUGGAAGAGAGUCCUAAAGGGGGGUUAGACAUUCUUAAAUCUUUAGAAAACACAGUGACUUCUGCUAUAAAUAAAGCUCAGAAUGGCACACCAAGCUGGGGGGGUUACCCAAGCAUCCACGCUGCUUACCAACUUCCCAACAUGAUGAAGUUAUCAUUAGGUUCCUCAGGAAAAAGUACUUCACUGAAACCAAUGUUUGGAAAUAACGACGUCAUGUCACCUUCCAAAAAUCAGCCCCUAAUCCCUUCACCGAGCAGCCAGACCUCACCUGUGCCAAAAACAAAUUUCCAUGCCAUGGAGGAGCUAGUCAAAAAGGUGACGGAAAAGGUGGCCAAAGUGGAAGAGAAAAUGAAGGAACCAGAGGAGAGGUUUUCUCCAAUCAAGCGGGCGACGCCGUCCCCCAGCGGAAGCGAGGUCAGCGAACCUCUAAAGUCUGAUAUUUUAAACGACAUCGUAUUUAAAAGCCAGCAAAACAGUCCGGCUCCGCCAAAAGACAACUGCAAGGAGAGCCCUACCCCUGAGCCAGAAGUAAACGGCAAAGACCACAUCAAGUCCAUUAUUGGCAGCUUAAGUAGCAGUACAGCUAUAAUAACAGAUCAUCCUCCUGAGCAACCCUUUGUCAAUCCAUUAAGCGCACUGCAGUCGGUUAUGAACCUUCACCUUGGCAAGGCAGCUAAGCCAUCUCUACCGGCUCUGGACCCAAUGAGCAUGUUGUUUAAAAUGAGUAACAGCUUGGCAGAAAAGGCUGCCAUAGCCACGCCACCUAUCCAAGCCAAAAAAAACGACCACCUAACAGACCGUUAUUUUUAUCAUGUCAACAAUGACCAGCCCAUAGAUUUGACGAAAGGGAAGAGUGACAAAAACUGCUCUCUGGCUUCAGCGCUUUUGUCAUCCACGUCGUCGUCUACCGCAUCUUCUUCAUCUACAGUGACAACGGCAAAGACAUCUGCAGUCGUGUCAUUCAUGUCAAACUCACCGCUGCGCGAGAAUGCCUUGUCAGAUAUCUCUGAUAUGCUGAAGAACCUGACAGAAAGCCACACAUCAAAAUCUUCUACACCUACCAGCAUCUCUGAGAAAUCUGACAUUGACGGUACCACAAUAGAAGAACCGGAGGAAAACACACCAGCUCAGAAGAGGAAAGGGCGACAGUCCAACUGGAAUCCGCAACACUUGCUCAUCCUGCAAGCCCAGUUUGCCGCGAGCUUGCGACAGACCUCGGAGGGGAAGUACGUCAUGUCCGACUUGAGCCCCCAAGAGAGAAUGCACAUUUCCCGGUUUACGGGACUCUCCAUGACCACCAUCAGCCACUGGCUAGCCAAUGUAAAAUACCAGCUGAGAAGGACAGGUGGGACAAAAUUCCUUAAGAACUUAGAUACGGGGCACCCGGUGUUUUUUUGUAAUGACUGUGCCUCGCAAAUCAGGACUCCCUCCACCUACAUCAGUCACCUUGAAUCCCACUUAGGUUUCAGAAUAAGGGACUUAUCUAAACUGUCCAGUGAACAGAUACAUAAUCAGUUAGCACACACCAAGUCCCCCUCCGAAAAGCUAGUGGCCUCCUCUCCCGAAGAAGAGACCGGGUCCACCUACCAGUGCAAGCUUUGCAACCGGACAUUUGCAAGCAAGCAUGCUGUGAAACUUCACUUGAGUAAAACACAUGGGAAGUCCCCGGAAGAUCAUCUUCUCUAUGUGGCAGAGAUGGAAAAGCAGUAGCAUUUGCUUUUUUUUUAUUAUUAUUAUUAUUAUAAAAUUGACUGCAAUUUGCUUUGAGGAACUGUCAGGAAAAAGCCUUAAAGCUAAAAAAAAAGACUUGGCACACGUUCCUAAUUUUAGCUCUGGAGAGUUACUCUGGGGGAAGGGGAAGGGGGGGCGCACAAACUUGUUUUGUAAAACUGUAUAGCGUUUAAUAGAGGUGCAUAAACGGCUCUUGUUACAUAUGAAGGUUAUAGUGCCCACCCCCCUCGAUAAGAGUUUGCAAACUUGCGCAAAUUGGAUAAGCUGUGCACCGGCUGCAUGAAUUAAAAGACAGUUUAUUUAAGCAUUUCUAUCUUUAAAAUCUGGUACACUAUUUUUCAUUUUGACCCGUGUACUAGUAUUUUUCAGCAAAUUAACCUUUAGCCCUCUGAGUACUUUGGAGCACUAUUUUAUGUUAAUUGGGGAAUAUUUUUUUUUUUUUAUAUUUAUUUUUUUUCUAGAUAAAAAAAAAAAAAAAAAAAAAGAAUGCUGGCUCAGAUUCGCUUUGAAAAAUGGUUCUAGAAACUGCGGUCUCCUUUGAUACUGAAAUAUUUAGACAUCCACUGGGACCUAUUGGUUUGCAAUCCCGUGACCAAGAAAGGAAUUAAAACUGUGUAUAUAAUGUACAAAACUUGCAUUUUGGAGAUUGUGAUUGACGUUUGAAGGCAACUUGCCCUUCCCACCCCUGACAUUUUUAACUGGUGUUUUUUUUUUUUUUUUCUGAUGCAGUAUACCCAUUUUACAUAAACUGUGCCUAUGUAUAGUGUAAAAAAAAAAGAUCUUUUUUUAAUGAACCUCUCGAAUGACAGAAAAUUCAUGUUUUUGUUUUUUUUUUGUUCUUUUUUUUUGCAACUGACUUCUUUUUUUUUUUUUUUUUUAAACACCCAAGCAUUGUAAAUUAUUCAAAGGAUGCAACGUAAAAAAAAAACAAAUUCUUUAUAAAAUAUUCAAAAACUAUUAUUCUAAAACAAAAAAAUAUAAUUGUUAGACUAUACAUCUAUAUUGUUAAAAGUUCAUGUUUUUAAAUUAUGCAUAUUUAUUAGCGAUGUCAUUUCAUUUUGUUCCCAGUGAUAACUGAAGCCACACGGAUAUGUAAUUGGCACUGUUUAUUUUUUCUUUUCUUUUUUUUUAUUUUGCACAAAAAUGCCUUUUUUCUUUUCAUUUUUUUUUUUUAAAGAAAAUGUAUUUAUUAUUAUGAAACGAUGAUUACUUAAACCAUUCUCAGUGCUCAAAGGGUUAAAACAAAAUUUGGAUAAAUAAAAAAAAAAGUGUACUGUAUUUCCUGAGAAUUGCUAAUGCUUUAAAAUGGAAAAAAAAUAAAUAAAAACUGUUUAUACUUAAAAGUAAAA